UCCGCGGCACGCACACGUGCGCUCGACUUGACCUACAAUCGACAGUUUUACGUUCGCGAUGCCCAUGGCGGCGAUACACGCAUACCAAAAUCUAGGCGUUAAUCAAAAGCUAACGCAAUUACAGAGUCCUGCGCCAAGACGUCUGGCGCCAGCUCCAGUUGAUACGGCGCGCUGUAAAAAGAAAUCAUAUAUUCAUCAAUCUUUUCCAAUUCAACCUGCAUCUGUGGCUAGAAGAAAUGCAAGGGAAAGAAAUAGAGUGAAACAAGUUAACAAUGGAUUUGCAGCACUUCGUCAGCACAUCCCCUCCGGUGUCACCGCUGCCUUGGCAGGUGGGAGAGGAUCUUCGAGAAAAUUGAGCAAGGUCGAUACUUUGAGACUUGCUGUUGAAUACAUAAAGAGCUUAAAACGUUUAUUAGAAGAAAGUGAAGAGGGGUGCUCAGAAACCCAAAUGAGCUUAGGUUUGAAUGCCAGUGGACCGCAAACACCUCCGUCUUCUGAAGAAUCUCAUUCACCUGCGCCCUCACUUAUAUCAGAAAGUUCAGUAGGGCCUAAUUGUCAAGAUGCUUAUGAUUCCUAUGAGCCGAUGAGUCCAGAAGAUGAAGAAUUACUUGAUGUUAUUUCUUGGUGGCAGCAACAAUGACUUAAGGUAUCGUGAUUUACGGUGAUCAAAGUGCGGCUUUUGAGCGGCUUGUUGAUUGUGAAAAAAUCAAGCAUUCGCUUGAAGAAGGCCUCGGACGUUGGAGCGCGAUGGACUCUGAGAGAACCUCUAAUUAAGCGCAAUCAGUAUAUUCCUAAUGAGAGGGGAUAAUGGUGGACUAUAACGACCCCAUCGAUGCAUUCCGCCGAGCGACUGAGGAACCGAACACUGCUUACAUUUCAUACGUGGAUGAGACAGUAGUACUAAGACUGAAACGAUAAUAAUUUGUUCCAUAUAAGCAUUUAGAUAUUUAGCAGAAGACUUGAAAUACGCUGUGCCUUAAUAUAGCCUUGUCUUAGCUUCCAAUACGAUUAACAUUUAAGGUUAAGUUUUAAUAUUUUAUCUAGUCAUUAUUUUUAAUAUAGUUUAUAAUGUAUAGAUUUAUAGAGAGAGAGCUAAGAUUGCGGCGGUACCGUACAUUUGAUUAUAAAUUUACAAAUCAUCAAACACUAAAUGAUAUUUUUAUGUAAUUUGAAAAUAUGAACUAUACCGAGACAAAGACUUUUAUUGUAUAUAAUUAAGUUAUAGCACCCUAAGACAGAUUCCUAAUAAUUUAAGAUUUUAUGUCGUUGUUAA